AUUGUAUAAAUGAAAGCUCUUCUGGGUAGGUGCGGUCUUGGAGUUUAGAAAACUUCUUAAGCAGGGUUGUCGAUUUUUUAAGAAAAACUGAAGACUCAAGCUUCAUUUCCUUCUGUUCUGGCUCUCUCUUUUGCACCUUUCAUUUUCGUAUUAAGAGAGACGAGAAGAUUACAGUUGAGGCAGCCCAAAAAGACCUUUGAAACCCUCCUAUAACAUCAAUGCGUGCCUCAUUGUUGUCCUUAAUAUCAUAACUCUCUCGUUUUCUCUCUAAAUGGCUGUAAUGUACAAAGCCAAAUCAUUUUUGUCAUUAACAGGCAUAAUGAUAAACAAGGCUGUAAGCUUCAUUGUCUUUUCUUUUUUAGACCUAUUUGAUUUCGUUCUAUGUUAUGCUUACAAAGUGGCGGAUUUCUUCAUUGAAGCUGAAUGGAAGCCUUGUUAUUGCUCCUCAGCCAAAGAGGCCAUCACUAGCAGUGGCAAAAUCUUUGUAUCUGAACAAGGCGAAUCAAAAAUCAUUCGCCUUACUUCUACCAAGUUACAUCUAGAGGAGAUUUCAGAUACUCUCUACACACGACCUUCCGUUGUUUCUGAGGUCUCAAAGUUCACUGUUAAUGAGCUGAAAAUGCUCAAGCUUGAUGGCACUAAGAUUGAAAUGCUACAAGGAAAGAUCGGAGGGCAGCAAUUGCAUCCUAUUCCGAGAUGGUCCGAUUGUAAUUGCAAAUUUUGUAAUUGUUGGAGCUCGUGCGGCAAAGAUACCCUCUUUGUUAAAGCAGAAGUACCAAAAGAUCCUGAGGCAGGAGAAGAUGUGUUGUUUAUUCAUGGAUUCAUUUCCUCUUCAGCAUUUUGGACGGAAACAUUAUUCCCCAACUUCUCAAAUACGGCAAAAUCAACCUACCGAUUAUUUGCCAUUGAUCUUCUAGGAUUUGGAAGGAGCCCUAAGCCAACAGACUCCCUCUACACAUUGAGAGAGCAUUUGGACAUGAUUGAAAAGUCUGUGAUUGAACCCAAAAAGCUUAAAUCCUUCCACAUAGUAGCUCAUUCUUUAGGCUGCAUUUUAGCUCUUACUCUGGCUGUAAAAUACCCUAAAUCCAUCAAGUCCCUCACGCUUCUUGCACCACCAUAUUUUCCAGUACCGAGGGGCCAACAAGCUACCCAAUACGUGAUGAGAAGGGUGGCUCCAAGACAAGUUUGGCCGUUGAUAGGAUUUGGGGCAUCGGUGGCUUGCUGGUAUGAGCACAUUUCUCGGACAAUCUGCUUGCUCAUUUGCAAGAACCAUCGCUUGUGGGAAUCUCUCACCAAACUAGUCACCAGAAACAGGAUGAGGACUUUCUUGCUUGAAGGCUUCUUCUGCCACACACACAACGCUGCCUGGCACACCUUGCACAACAUUAUCUGUGGCACCGCCAGUAAGCUUGACGGAUACUUAGACGCCGUCCGCGACCAUCUGACAUGUGACGUCCACAUCUUCCACGGCAGAGACGAUGAACUUAUUCCGGUGGAAUGUAGCUACAAUGUCCAAUCAAGAAUCCCUCGUGCGCAGGUUAAGGUUGUCGAAAACAAAGAUCACAUCACGAUUGUUGUUGGAAGACAAAAGACUUUUGCCAGGGAGCUUGAAGAGAUUUGGAGGGCAUCAUCAAGUGGCCACAAAUCCGCAUAUUGUGAUCAAACAGAGAAUCACCAAUAAAUAAUUACAAUAUAGAUAUGCAAUAGGGAUGAACAUUGGAUUAAAAAGCUAGCCUGAAACUGGCAGGCUUUCUUGCUAUUUACUUUUUUCUGGAAUUUGAAGAAGUCCCACUUAGUCUUUGCCUAUAA